ACAACGAUUCUUGACAAAGAAAUCCAAGCUUUGAAUGUAUCUGUUCGACUGAAGCCGCCAUUUCAAAUCUAGGUCGGCUAUUAGAAACAGGGUAUAUAAUAUAGAUAUUUUUUUUAACGUUUUUAUUUUGUAGGCAUUUUUAUUUUAUUUAGAGUAAGGACCUCUAUUUAGCUUUGGCUUGUUUCUGGACGUCAAUAGCCCUCAACACUAGUGAGUCAGUGCACCAGUCUUCCCAGCCAGCUGACAAUCUCUCUACAAAGGUCCAGCUUUUACGCAACUAUCGACUGAAAGGGAUUCUGACUGGAGGCAGAGGUCUGAAGUUAGGAUCUCCCCUGAAGUUCACAAACAUCCCACCCAGAACAGAAUGUUCCCGGCUCAUCCCCAAAAGAAACCUUUGAUCUCAGCAUGACCCCCUCUGAUAAAAUAAAGGCAAUGGACGCAGAUACAGAGCAGGUAACGGUCAACACGGAAACAUCCCAAAAUGUGUCUGAGGCGCCUAUGUCAGAAAACAAAUCCAGGGGUCGUGGUGCUUUCAAAGGGCGAGGCCGGGGUUUCCGAAACGGUCGAGGAGGCAUGCGUGGAGGGCGGGGCAUGAUGAUGAAAGGAUUUGGCCCCACCGGACGGGGCAGGGGGCCGAGAGGAAGGUGUGGAGAAACGAAUGGGUUUGGACCCAUGAGGAGAGGGAUGGGGAGGAUGCGUCCUUACCCAGACAUGAGGGGCAGGCGAGGAGGAAGGGGCAGUCCAAUGGGUAGGGGUGGGCCUAUGGACAGGGGUGGUCCUAUGGGAAGGGGCGGACCUAUGGGCAUGGGCCCUCCUCCUCCACCCCUACCCAUGCACUUGAGAGGCCACUACCCACCAAUGCAUAGACAUGGCCUCCCUCCGCCUCCCCCCCUUGGACACCCAGGGUUCAGAGGGCGGCCCCCGCACCCCAGAGUGAGAGGCUUGCCCCCUGGACCUCCACGACAUUUCCAUCCCAGGGGCCCCAGAGGCUACCACAAUGGACCAGCUUCUCCUCAUCACCCCCCACCUAGCAGAGGCCAGAGGUGGUCAGGGCCCUCUGGUGGCCGACGGUUUUAAUGCAGACUGCCCUAAAAUUAUACAUUGACAGAGUCUGUAGCUGGGGGCCUACUGGGCUGGGGUGGGGGGGCUAAACUGAGCCCCUUAAUAUGUGUCAGAUAUAGAAGCCGCCCUUUAAACAUCCUUAUGGAGCAACCUGUAGCCAUAGUUCUGGAUAUUGAAAUUGUAUGCUAGAGGAAGUUGUGAAUCAACAAAUGGACUCUAAAAUGCCUCAGACUUUUCAGUUUCCAAAGGCAUACUCACUUUCACUGUAACACUUGUUAUUAGAAAAAUAAAUGUGCUCUUAGUGUUAUGACAAAGUUGUACAGUAUUGAGAGAAGAAAAAAAGUAUUAUUUAAAAAAGUAAUACUUUUCCUAAAGGGAUGAUAAGUGUUGAUAUUAUAAUCCCUGAGAUGUAUUGUGGUCUUGUGAUGAUCAUCCUGUGAGCAUUCAGAAAUAUCUUACCCUAAUAAAGUAAGAAAUUACAUAGUGUGUGGGAGAGAAAGAAAGAUAGAAGGAAAGCAAUGUGCAACAGCCCUCAAGCACCAGUGUUAACUGUCUAUUCAUACACCUUGGACCUCCCUAACUUUUCCUGUUACAUGGACAUACUAUUGUAUUGAUUGUAGGCGACACGACUACAGCACAAGCUGUUUGGACUCACAGACAUAGUCAUAAGUAAAAAGACUUUAAAUGUCAAGUAUUCAUGAUUCUUUUACGUAACAUUUUUAUAUUAUUGUGCAGCUAUUUUAAGUUAAUGAAUAUUGCUGUUUGGGACAGUUCAUGUUUGUGUUCAGUAAUCUAUAUUGUGGAAUGACUAAAAAGCUUAAAUGGAUAUUAUUUUGAAAAUAUAGAUUUACAGUAUAGAUACAGUAUAUACUAGUAGCCGGAUUUAUAUUUGAAAGCAAAUUACUAAAGUAGUAAUUGCUUCAGUUUAGUCAAGAUACUACUAUUGUAGGUACCAAUAAUUGAAAUAUUGUAGUAUAUUAAGCAUUGAAAUGUUAUUAUACCUUAUUUUUACUGUAACUGACGUAACUUUGUGGAUUUCUGGAUGUACUUUUAGACAACAUUUAACAACUAUGACGCAGUCAUGAAGGAAAAAAAUAAAUGUAAAACGUAAAAACUGAA